CUCCACAUGCAGUAUGAAUUUUUCCUCAUUCAGUCACACACGCCUCUUCAAAGUUGAAAGUUGAAACCAAACACUUCUUCGUUAAAAUCUCCCAAUUCAAUUUCAAUUUUCAUCUUAUCUCUCCGCAUAUUCACACAAACUAGAUCGAUCAUGGAAGGAAUAGAACACAGAACAGUUGAAGUGAAUGGCAUCAAAAUGCAUAUCGCUGAGAAAGGCAAAGAAGGACCGGUUGUAUUGUUCCUUCACGGCUUCCCUGAACUCUGGUACUCAUGGCGCCACCAGAUUGCCGCUCUCGGCUCCCUCGGCUACCGCGCGGUGGCUCCGGAUCUUCGUGGCUACGGUGAUACCGAAGCUCCGUCUUCGAUUAGUAGCUAUACGAUUUUCCAUUUGGUUGGUGACAUCGUUGCUCUUAUUGAUUCACUCGGUGUUGAACAAGUUUUUCUUGUGGCUCAUGAUUGGGGUGCUACCAUUGGUUGGCAUGUUUGUUUGUUUCGUCCUGAGAGAAUCAAAGCUUAUGUGUGUCUAAGUGUUCCAUAUUUUCCGAGAAACCCCAAAAUCAAACCUCUUGAUGCUAUGCGAGCUCUGUUUGGCGAUGAUUAUUAUGUCUGCAGAUUCCAGGAACCUGGGAAAAUAGAAGUUGAAUUUGCAAAAAGCCCUGAGCUAGUUAUGAAAGCCAUGCUUACAAGUAGGAGUGAUAAGCCACUAAUAAUACCCAAAGAAGGCUUCUUAGCUUUUCCAGAAGCUAUAAGAACAAGAUCCCUGCCUUCUUGGCUCUCACAACAAGAUAUCGAUUACUAUGCUUCUAAAUUUGAAAAGACGGGAUUUACUGGUGCCCUUAACUAUUACAGAAAUUUCAACUUAAACUGGGAGCUAAUAGCAGCAUGGACUGGAGCACAAUUUAAUGUGCCAGUGAAGUUCAUCACAGGUGAUUCAGAUUUAGUAUAUGUUUCUUUUGGUUCAAAGCAAUACAUUGAGAGUGGUGAUUUUAAGAAAGAUGUGCCAAAUUUGAAGGAAGUAGUUAUACAGGAUGGUGUGGCUCACUUCAACAACCAAGAAGCUGCUGAUGAAAUCAGCAAUCACAUUUAUGAAUUCAUCAAGAAGUAUUAGUUAUGAUCUUAUUAACUCAAUUCUUAAGCAAGUAUUCACUAUAAGUUUUGUCUAAAUUGUCUUCUAAUAAAUGGCUUAGCUACAAUCUAUGUUACUUUGUACUCGUGGUUGUGCUAUUAUGGACAUUUUAUUGUUCUAAUGAAUUGGAAAUUUAUUUGA